CCUCCUGGACGUCCGCGUUCCCGGUGCAGAAGACGGCGGUAUAAACGAGGCAGCAUCUUCUGUGUUCCACACUCAAUGCACUAGAGCAGCGAGUGGAGAAAGUGAUGGCAACGCGAAUAUCCAAACUGUUUCUCCUUCUGGGGCUGUUUGUGUCGGGGACCGCGGCGGCUGGAGGAAACCGAAAAGGAGCCGUGCAUGAUGAGGACCGGGAUAAAGAGACCGGCACGGAAAGCCCGUGUGAAGUUAAAACCGUGACCGUAUCUACCCUGCCUGUGCUCAGGGAGAACGAGUUCAGUUUCACCGGUGGUGGCUCGGGAAACGUGGCCGGAGGGGAAUCCCGACUAAUGUUGUUUGUGCGGACUGACCUGCCUGGAAGAAUAUCUGUACUGGAUGAUCUGGACAACACUGCACUCCCGUACUUCAUGUUAGAGAUGUCGGGGACAGGUGCGGACAUCUCCCAGGUGCACUGGAAGCAGCAGUGGCUGGACAAUGGGACGCUCUACUUCCACGUGUCCAUGAGCAGCUCGGAGCAGCUGUCCCAGCCCACCCAGGCCAGCCCCCGCCAACCAGCCAGCACCAUCCAUGAGCACAUGCAUCUGCUGCACAUCUCUGUCAUGGGAGGCCUGAUUGCGCUGCUGCUGCUCAUCCUGCUCUUCACGUUGGUGCUGUACACUCGUCACCGUUGGUGCAAGCGUCGGCGCGUCCCCCAGAAGAGCGCGAGCACCGAGGCCACGCACGAGAUCCACUACAUCCCGUCCGUGCUGCUGGGCCCGCAGGGACGCGCUGGCGGUGGCGGCGGAGACUCGUCCUCCUUCCGCGGGUCGUCACGCCCGCUGCACCCGCACGGCUCAGUCAUCGGCAUGCCCAUCCGCGAGACGCCCAUCCUGGACGACUACGACUGCGACGAGGACGAGCACGCGGGGGUCGGCACGCAGCCCAUGCACAACCAGCUGCACGCCGGGGGGGUCGGGGGGGGCGGGAUGCUGGACGACUGCAAGGGCGAGGACGGCUACGGCAGCGGGGGAGGCUUUGGCUCGCACGCGCUCUGUGACAGCCUCAAGAAGACCGACGACAACCACAAGCACAGCCUGGACAAGAGAGGCAAUGCGUUUGGUCGCCAGAGUGACCUUGGUUCGGAGGUGGAGGACGAGAUUCAGAUGAAGUUCUACACGGAACACAGAGGCAGACGGCGUAGUAAAGGAUGCCCCCAGAGCCCGCUGAACAAGGCCACGCUGACCCUGCUGACCAUCAGUACGUGCGUGCUGGCCAUCGCUUACGGAACACAGCUCUCCUGCCCGCUCGCCGUCAAAGUCACGCUGCACGUACCCGAACACUUCAUCGCUGAUGGAAGCAGUUUUGUGGUGAGCAUGGGCAGCUUCCUGGACGUGUCCAACUGGCUGAACCCGGCCAAGCUGACGCUGUACUACCAGACCAACAGCUCCUCUCAGUGGGUCAGAGACUACUGUGGACAAAGGACAACAGAGCCCUGCGAGCAGCUGUGUGACCAGGAGACAGGGGAGUGCGGCUGUCACGAGGGCUACUCGCCGGACCCCCUGCACAAGCACCUGUGUGUCCGCAACGACUGGGGCCGCAACGAAGGUCCAUGGCCCUACACCAACCUGGAGAGGGGCUACGACCUGGUCACAGGAGAGCAGGCGCCUGAGAGGAUCUUCAGGUCGUCCUACAGCCUGGGCCAGGGACUGUGGCUGCCGGUCAGCAAGAGCUUUGUGGUGCCGCCGGUGGAGCUAUCAAUCAACCCAGUGGCCAGCUGCAAGACAGAUGUGCUGGUGACUGAGGACCCAGGAGACAUCAGGGAGGAGGCCAUUAUGUCCACGUACUUUGAGACGGUGGAUGACCUGCUGGCCUCCUUUGGGCCUGUACGGGACUGUUCCAAGGACAACGGAGGCUGCCGCAAGAACUUCAAAUGCGUUUCUGACCGCCGACUGGACUCGACGGGGUGCAUGUGCCCUGAAGGUCUGCGGCCGAUGAAGGAUGGCUCCGGUUGCUAUGACUACUCGAAGGGCACCGACUGCACUGACGGCUUCAACGGUGGAUGUGAGCAGCUGUGUCUGCAACAGCUGGUGCCGCUGCCCGACGACCCCUCCUCCAGCAACGUACUCAUGUUCUGCGGUUGCGUGCAGGAGUAUAAGCUGGCGUCAGACGGGCGCUCCUGCAUCCUGCUCUCGGACAGCUGUGUAGGUCCCAAGUGUCCCCGGCUGGACGGCCGCUUCAACAACACGCUCUUCAGUGAGAUGCUGCAUGGCUACAACAACAAGAGCCUGCAGGGCAACCUCGGACAGGUCUUCCAGAUGACCUUCCGAGACAACAACUUCAUCAAGGACUUUCCCCAGCUGGCGGACGGGCUGAUGGUGAUUCCUCUGCCCGUGGAGGACCAGUGCCGAGGAGUGCUGUCAGAACCACUGCCAAACCUGCAGCUGCUCACAGGCGAUGCUCAGUUCAAUGAAGCGAUGGGCUACCCUAUGGUCCAGCAGUGGAGAGUGCGCAGUAAUCUCUACAAAGUCAAACUCAGUGCCAUCACUCUGGCCACAGGCUUCUCUAAGGUGCUGAAGAGCCUGACGGGAGACAGCAUGCGGGACGAGAUGCUCUCCUUCAUCCAGCAGUACGGAAGCCACUACAUGUCCGAGGCUCUCUACGGCUCCGAGCUGGCCUGCACCAUCUACUUCCCCAGCAAGCGGGCCCAGCAGCAGCUCUGGCUCCAGUACCAGAAAGAGAUAACUUGGCAGGGGAGCUCAUCCUACCCUUCAUCAAUGCCUGUGGGCCUGCUGAAGACGCAGCUGCUGUCGGACGACCUGGUGUCCGGCGUGGAGAUCCGCUGCGAGGAGAAGGGGCACUGCCCCUCGGCCUGCCACCUGUGCCAUCAGCCGGGCCGUGAGACACCAAGCCCGUCCCCCGUCCUGCUGGAGGUCAACCGCGUGUCCCCCCUCUACAGCCUGGUGCAGGACAACGUCACCCGAGAGGCCCUGAAGAGCGCCACCAUGAGCUCCCAUUGGUGCGCGGGGAGAGGGGACGUCAUCGACAACUGGUGCCGCUGCGACCUCGACGCCUUCGGCAAAGACGGACUGCCCAACUGCAGCCCUCUGAGACAGCCUGUGCUCAGAUUAUCUCCACACAUGGAGCCCUCUAGCAUGAUGGUGGCCCUCGAGUGGCUUGACGUCGAGCCUCUGAUUGGCUACAAGGUCUCCGAUUACAUCAUCCAGCACAAACGCAUGGAGGAUCCCUCCGAGGCCGAGAUCUACUCAGGAGAGGUUCUGAGUCUGGUGGAUGACCUCUUCUCCGGACUGGGCUCGGCCUGUGUGGUUGCCGGGAGACGGAGCCCAGACAGCUCCCACCCUGCUCUCUACACGCUGGUCUUCAAGUGUCUAGAGCCAGAUAGCCUCUACAAGUUCACUCUGUACGCCAUUGACAGCCGUGGCAGUCGUUCAGAAGCCAGCUCGGUGACAGUGCGGACUUCCUGUCACAUGGUGGACGACAGCAGAGCAGAAGAGUUAGCUGAUAAGGUGUAUAAUCUGUAUAAUGGCUACACCAGUGGUAAGGAGCAGCAGAUGGCCUACAACACACUGAUGGAGGUUCCUCCACCCCUGCUGUACCGAGUGCAGCACCACUACAACUCACACUACGAGAAGUUUGGAGACUUCGUGUGGAGGAGUGAGGACGAACUGGGGCCUCGAAAAGCCCACCUGAUCUUGCGGCGGGCGGAGCGCCUGAGCCACCUGUGCCGGUCUCUGCUGCGCAGCGGCUACAUUCAGAGCCGGACGGACACCUGCCGCCCCUCGUGCUGUCACUUGCCCGAGAGCAGACGCAGCCAUCCCACCUGCCGCGCCUCCCUCCAUGACACGCGGCUCUCCUGCGUGGAGCGCCUGCUCUCCGUCCAGAGGAACAUUUACGGCAAGUCCAAGCUGCGGUGAGAGGCAGAGAGAGGGGCGCCCAGCGGCCAGCAGAGGAACUGACCCGGAACAGACCGGACUCUGAUCCCAACCGGGCCAGAUGAAGACCAGAUCCAUGUCAUAUGAAACCAAGAACCAGAAGAAGAUCCUGGCAAGAACCAUGCUACAUCCUGGCAAGAAUCUCUACUAGUUCCAGGAUAGAAUAUGUCAAUCAUGAGCAGAACCCCUGCUAGUUAAAGACCAGGUUCCUGAAGAGAAGAACCCAUGCUGGAUAAAGACCAGGUUCCUGAAGAGCAGAACUCGUUCUGGAUAAAGACCAGGUUCCUGAAGAGCAGAACUCGUGCUGGAUAAAGACCAGGUUCCUGAAGAGAAGAACCCAUGCUGGAUAAAGACCAGGUUCCUGAAGAGCAGAACUCGUGCUGGAUAAAGACCAGGU